ACUCUUAUCUCAUCUAACAGUAAGGGAGGAGUCAGAACGUCUCGGUCUACGCAUGCGCUUCUCUGCCAUUUCGGUUCCCAGCCCCGGGUGGUGAAUGAUUCGAGGGCGUGGCUGACGGCCACACGCGACUGCCGAGUUCGCCGUCACAACGUGAGGGAGUGGGGGGGAGCUCCAUGAGGCGGAGGAAGGAGCGGAGUCGCUGCUUUCCUCGGCUGCGCCGCCGUAACGGCUGAUCUCCGCCGCGUGUCCCUUUCUCCUCCAUGCCCGAGAGCCGUAGCCGCCACAGCUGUUGCCCCGCCACCUCUUUCUUCCGCUCGCCGCCGAGGGACUGUGGUAACCGAUUCCGGCGCUACGUCGGUGGGUGACCCGAGCGCCCCCGGCCGCCCCUCUCUCAGCAUGCCAUGGGCAACAGCUGGGCGGCGCAGUGGUGUUGCUGGGUCUUCCCGAGACGGGAAGCGGGGCGCCUCCAACGAGGAGGAGGAUCAAAGUACUUCAGGACAUGCUCAACAGGAGAACAUUUCACUAUAGAGUUUGAAAACCUAGUGGAAAGUGAUGAAGGUGAAAGUCCAGGAAGCAACCAAAGACCCCUGACUGAAGAAGAAAUUUCUGCUCUUCAAGAAAGGCAGUAUAAUUCCAUUGCUGAUAAACAGAGAACUUUAGAUGACAAGCUUCAAUCAGAGUUAGCCAUACAAGAGGAGAAGUUAAGAAUAGAAGAGGAGACUUUAUAUGCUGUGCAGCGUGAAAGAGCCAGGGCAGCAAAACAAAGAAAGUUCUUGGAGCAACAAAAGUUGCAGAGAAUAACUCAGAAAGCAAACCAUGGAGAUGCCCAAAGUUCUAUGGUAGAAGAAGACUUGGAUUCUUAUUUGAGAAAUGCAAAACUGCCAUAUGAAGCUUUCCGCACUAGUAGACUUUCAUCAGAUGCCACUGUUCUAACACCAAAUACAGAGAGCAGUUGUGAUUUAAUGACCAAAACCAAAUCUACAAGUGGAAAUGAUGACAGUAAUUCCUUAGAUUUAGAAUGGGAAGAUGAAGAAGGUAUAAACAGAAUGAUCCCUUUGAGAGAACGUUCAAAAACUGAAGAAGAUAUUCUCCGGGCAGCAUUGAAAUUUAAUGGCAAGAAAACUGGAAGUAACCCAACUUCUACAUCUGAUGAUUCUACUGGUUUGGAAUGGGAGAAUGACUUCGUUAGUGCAGAAAUGGAUGAUAACGGCAAUUCAGAAUAUGCUGGAUUUGUAAAUCCUGUUUUAGAACUUUCUGCAACAGAUCAAAAAACUUCUGGUGUUGAUCAACAAGUGAGAUAAUGAAAUUGGCCAUUGGGUGCCUAGCAGAACGAUUGAAGUUGGGAAACCUACAAACCUGUAUUGUGCACAAUCUUGUAAUCACUGCUGCUGCUGCUGCAAAUCCUCCUUUUACAAUAAGGAAAUGAUACAGUGACUGCUCUUGGUGACUAAGCUCCAGAUUUCUAUAAAAAAGAAAGAAUCUACGCUAUUUAUGUCCAUUAAAAAAUAUGGUUGGCUAACAAUGUGGUUUGCUAUCUGAACUGAAUUGUAAGUGCAAUUUUUAUAAUCUACCUUUUAAAUGUUUAUACUUGAAUGGUUCUAUUAUGUCUGUUUUUAGGUUUAAGCAUACAGCACCCUUCAUUAAAUACAGUGUUACAGCUUAAUGUUUUAAUCAAUUGUCCUAUUUCAGUCUUUGGGUUAUUUUUUUUUUUAAUGCAGUGGUACCUCGGUACUUCUCAUGAAUUGAUUCUAGGAGGUGCAAUGAGUACCAAAAAUGAUGGGUACCAAAUUGAUUUUUCCCAUAAGGAAUAAUAUAGUGAGUCACAAGGCA